AUGGGGAAUCAGAGGGGUUUGGGGCUCCAUCUCAUUUCCAUAUGUUUGUUUUUUAUUGCAGCCACAUAUACCUGUUGCGGUGAUGGAAAUAUCAGUGUCGUUUGCUCUGAGAAAGAGAGAGUUGCUCUUCUCAAGUUCAAACAUAGUGUAAGAGAUGACCUUGAAAUGUUGUCAUCAUGGGUUGGCAAUGAUUGUUGCAGAUGGGGAAGCAUCCAGUGUGACACUGUCACUGGAAAUGUUGAAAGCCUUUAUCUCAGAGGAGAUGAAGGCUACUUAGUUGGUAAUGAGGUGAACGCUUCUUUAGCGGAGUUGAAGCAUCUGAAACACUUGGACCUGAGUGGGAAUGAUUUCCAAGGAAGUCGGAUCCCAAAGUUCAUUGGAUCAUUGAAACAGCUGAUCUACCUCAAUCUCUCUAAUGUUGGUUUUGAAGGUAUUAUUCCUCAUAACAUUGGAAACCUUUCUAAUUUAAAGCUUUUUGAUCUCAGUUGGAAUGGAGGGCUAGUAGCAGAUGAUAUGGCAUGGACUUCUGGCCUUUCUUCACUUGAGCAUCUCGUCUUGAGUUCAGUAGAUCUUGGAAGAGCACAAAACAUGGACAUGCUGUUUUACAUGAUUCCCUCUUUAAAAGAGUUAAGUUUGUCAGAUUGUGGACUUUCCAAUGCUGAUCUUGGUCCUUCUCUUAAUUCAAGUAAAAUACUUCGCAACAUCAAACACCUGGAUCUUAGUAACAAUUAUUUCCAAGGCCCACUCCCUGGCUUUUUUCAAAACAUGUCAUCCCUAACAUUCCUCGAUCUUUCAUCCUUUAAUCUUAGUUUGACAUGGAACUUUGCAAACUUUCUAAGCACAAUCCCUUCUUUAUCAGAGCUGCAUCUGUCAGAUUGUGGACUCGAUAAGACACAUCUAUCUUCUCCUCAUCUUAAUUUUAGUAGACUCUUUAACAUCCACCACUUGGAUCUCAGCAGAAAUUCAAUUGAAGGUGCAUUUCCUUCUGUUUUCACAAACAUGAGUUCCCUAAGAGUCCUUGAUCUCUCAGGAAACAUGUUGAAUUCUUGGGUUCCUGUUAUGCCUAACCUUAUACAUCUCGAUCUUUCUGGUAACGAUUUUAAGCAGAUAGGGGAUUUUGGAAUCUGGAGACAGUGUCACCUGAAACACUUGGGUGCAUCAUACAAUCAUUUUAAAAUAGAAAUGAUUGAAUCAACAGAAAACAUAACAGAAUGCUCCCAAUAUGCUUUGGAAUGGUUGCAUUUAAGUUCAUGUUCAAAUGGUACAAUUCCAGAUCCAAUUGCAAGACUAGCCAAUUUAAGAGGUAUAGAUUUAUCGAGCAGCAGUUUGACAGGUCAAAUCCCCGAAUCUCUAGGAAGAUUAAAAUAUUUAGAAGUGUUGGAUCUUUCCUCUAACCAGUUAACCGGUCCCAUUCCUACAUUCCUUGGAAAUAUUUCCGAACUUGAUCUUUCUUUUAAUCAAUUGAAUGGUUCAAUUCCGGAAUCCUUUGGAAAUCUAGCAGCUUUAACACAUUUGCAUCUAAGUUCCAAUCGGUUAACGGGCCCAAUCCCAUCAUCUUUAGGAGGACUUGCUUCAUUACAAACAGUUUGGUUGUAUUCAAAUUUGUUAAAUGGAACUAUUCCAGCCUCAAUUGGGCAACUUGCCAAACUUCGUUAUCUGGAUUUCUCCAACAAUUCUUUAGAAGGAGUAGUUUCUGAAGCCCAUUUUGCCAACUUUUUUAUGUUGAAGUACUUGGAUACUUCUUCUAACACCAAGUUGACAUUCAAUGUUUCACGUGACUGGAGGCCUCCAUUUCAAUUGGUAUUUCUUCGACUUAAAUCCUGUACUAUCGGAACUGAAUUUCCGCAUUGGAUUCGAAGCCAAAGGAAACUUAAUGUGUUGGAUUUGUCAAAGGCUCAAAUUACGGGACCUCUACCGACAUGGUUGAGGAAGAUGCCCAUCAUUCCUUGCUUAGAUCUCUCCCACAACAAACUCAGCGGACCUUUGACAAACCUUCCUAAUGCGGCAACUUAUGGUGGGUAUGGAUUUGUUUCAGUAUUAUUUCUGGAAAAUAACUUUUUCAAUGAGUCUAUUCCAAGGUCGUUGUGCAUAAGGAUAGAUCUGGAAUAUCUUGAUCUUUCCAAAAAUAGGUUAACCGGUAAAAUUCCCAAGUGUCUUGAGAAUAUGAAAAGGUUGUAUACCAUGAUACUUAGCUCAAAUCAGUUAUCUGGUGUCAUUCCAAGCUCUGUAGCUCUUAAUUCAUUACAUCGGUUAAACUUGAAUGACAACGAUUUUAUUGGUGAACUUCCUCGAGAAUUGGAGAAUUUACGGGUUUUAAGUAUGUUAGAUUUGGGUGAUAAUAGAUUGUCUGGAAAUAUACCUGAAUGGGUCGGAAAAAAACUUACAUAUUUGGUAGUUUUGAGGUUACACAAAAAUAACUUUACAGGAAGAAUUCCCGAGUCUUUGUGCAAAUCAUCAAAUCUUCAAAUUUUGGAUUUGGCACACAACAACUUAGAAGGAACCAUCCCUAUUUGUCUACGAAAGUUGAAAGCUAUGGUUAGUAAUAGCGGAUCAGGGCACAUCGAUUACUCUCUCGACUAUGAUGUGAAUGUUGAUCAGGUCAUGAAAGGUGUUGAUCUUGAAUACACAAAAACUUGGUAUAUGGUUUAUAACAUGGACCUGUCAAGCAAUAAACUUGUUGGAGAAAUACCAGUGGAGCUAACUGCACUUUCCAAGUUGGUGGGUCUCAAUUUGUCUAAUAAUCAUCUCACUGGCUAUAUUCCAGACAACAUUGGAAACAUGAUGAAUUUAUUUUCUCUUGAUUUAUCUAGAAACGAACUGAUUGGGAUGAUCCCUCCAAGCAUGACAGCUUUGACCUUUUUGAGUCAUUUGAAUUUGUCACACAACAACUUGUCGGGACGAAUACCAACAGGAAGGCAACUGCAGACCCUGAUUGAUCCAUCAAUAUAUGAAGGGAACAAAGAUCUAUGUGGACCUCCAUUGUGUAACAAUUGCCCAAAUUGGGACAACCCAAUAACAACAGGCAAGAAGAAAUACAAAGCAGCUGAAGAGUCUUACGCAAACAUAAUUUGUGGUUUUGCAACAGGGUUUUGCGGCAUUAUUGGAGUUCUGUUGUUCAAGAAACAGUGGAGACGGAAUCUUUUUAUGUUUGCUGAAGAAACCAUGGACACAAUUUACGUUGCAGUUGUGGUAAGAGUUAGAAAGAUGAAGAUAUUGAGGAAGAGAAACCACAUAGAGCCUAUGGAAUGCACAUAA